AGAUCAGAAGCGUGCUGCAAGAACAAGAACCGGAGAAGAGACCUGUGAGCCUAGAACAGCAUCGGAGAACCAGAACCGGAGAAGCAGAACCAGAGAAGCGGCGUGUGAGUGUAGAAGCGCAGGGGCGUGUGGGAUCAUGGGAGCGCUGAUGGUCAUCUUCUCCCUCCAGCCCAAACAGAGACGCAAGAGGACAGACAGCGUGGAGGAUGAGCUGGAGUUCUCGUCUGUGCGUCACCGUCCAGAAGGACUGCAGCAGCUGGAGUCUCAGACCCGCUUCUCACGCAAAGAGCUGCAGAUACUAUACAGGGGCUUCAAGAACGAGUGUCCCAGUGGUGUAGUGAACGAAGACACCUUCAAAGACAUCUACUCCCAGUUCUUUCCCCAAGGAGAUGCCUCCAUGUAUGCACACUUCCUCUUUAAUGCCUUUGACUCGGAUCACAACGGCUGUGUGAGCUUUGAGGACUUUGUCUUGGGCCUGUCUAUACUCCUACGUGGUUCAGUUCAAGAGAAACUCAACUGGGCGUUUAACCUUUAUGACAUCAACAAGGACGGAUACAUCACGAAAGAGGAGAUGCUGGACAUCAUAAAGGCCAUCUAUGAUAUGAUGGGCAAGUGGACGUACCCGCUGCUCAAGGAGGAGACGCCCCGACAGCACGUCGACAUCUUCUUCCAGAAAAUGGACAAGAACCGUGAUGGAGUGGUGACCAUUGAUGAGUUUAUCGACUGCUGCCAAAAUGAUGAGAACAUCAUGAAGUCGAUGCAGCUCUUUGAAAACGUCAUUUAGAUCAUCAAGGACACAAACCUGCAGUGGAUGGAAGUCCUGAACACACAUAAACACACACACACACACACACACACACACACACACACAUUACGAUCGUCAUGGACAUGAACCUGCAGUGGCUGGAACCCCUGGACAAAACACACCUGAAAACUAUGCACACACACACACUCAUACAGACACACACACACACACACACACACACACACACACACACACACACACACACACACACUCACACAGACACACUCAUACAUACACACACACACACACACACACACACACACACACACACACACACACACUCACACACACACUCACACUCAUACACUCAUACAGACACACACAAACUCACACUUUGAGAUAGACGUUGAGUGUGAAUUAUGUACCAUAACAAGGCAUUUCAUGUGCAUUUCCUGGGUAUCAAUAUGGUAGUGUCCUGUGUGUCUUACAAUCAUACAUCAUCAUCAUACAUCAUCUAACGAGGUUUCACAUUCUUUCACAUUCUUCAUAUGAGAGGGCUGGUGUGUGUGUGUGUGUGUGUGUGUGUGUGUGUGUGUGUGUGUGUGUGUGUGUGUGUGUGUGUGUGCUAGGUUUCUUCAUAUGAGAGGGCUGGUGUGUGUGUGUGUGUGUGUGUGUGUUCUUCAUAUGAGAGGGCUGGUGUGUGUGUGCUAGUGUUCUUCAUAUGAGAGGGCUGGUGUGUGUGUGUGUGUGUUCUUCAUAUGAGAUGGCUGUUUAGAGUCAGAUGUUCUCAGCUGUACCCGGUACGUAAGGUGUGCUGGUGUGUGUGUGUGUGUGUGUGUGUGUGUGUGUGUGU